AUGGAAACGCAACAGCGCUUGUUAGGGUCAGCUUCCCCGACGGGAGAAUUUGUGCCUCAGGAUAUACAGAAACAAGCAAAGAUUGAUCAAAAUACCCGACAGAAAAAAGUGUCAGCAUGCAACCAUGCACCGCGUUCCGAGUUGGGCAGAUCCCACUCAGGUCCUACUGCUGGUUACAACACAAUGGCUGCUGAUCUCCAAGGGGCUCACGAUAGCCCACAGUAUCAGGCCCAGAGGUCACUCGAACACGACAUGAGCAAGGUGGACUCUGCGGCUAUUCCUCAGGAAGAAAACCAGCAAAUGAUUAGACAGUUGGAGACUAACCCCAUCGCCGAGGAACAUCUCAUUCAUGAAGUGAGAGAAAUCUACGCCGGGCUGGUCAUAGUGGAGAAAAAGUGCAUCGAAGUGAUCAGGAAUCUCUCGCAAAUGGCCCCAAUAACGGAAUUGUCACAGGAUCAGUGGAAAACGGUCAUCUCGCUACACCGAAUGCUGCUCCACGAACAUCAUGACUUUUUUCUCACUUCACAGCAUCCAGCAGCCAGUCCGGUCGUGAAGCACCUUGCUGAGAAGUAUGCUAUGCCUACUCGCAUGUGGCGCUAUGGGAUUCAUUCCUGCUUGGAACUGUUGCGCAAAAGACUGCCUGCCUCGCUAGAUCACAUGUUAGCCUUUAUAUACCUCUCGUAUUCAAUGAUGACACUCCUUCUAGAGAGCGUCCCGCAUUUUAGGGGAACCUGGAUCGAGUGCCUAGGUGACCUAGCGCGGUAUCGUAUGGCAGUGGAAGAUACCGAUGUUGCGGACCGAGACAUUUGGGCAGGGGUCUCGAAGUACUGGUACAAUCAGGAUACUGGUCAAUGUCCUGAAAUUGGUCGAAUUCAGCACCAUCUUGCCGUGUUGUCUCGUCCGGAUACUUUGCAGCAGCUCUUCUACUGCACGAAAGCAUUGAUCAAUGUGCGCCCAUUUUCAGGUGCGCGGGAGAGCAUGGUCCGGCUGUUCAAUCCUAUUUUGAGUGCACCGGCUGAUAGACACACUCUGAUCACUUCUUUUGUGGCUGCUCAUGGUGCUCUUUUUAUGCAUAUGCCAGUUGAGCAGUUUCUUGCUCGGUCGAAGUUCUUCCUUUCCAAUCUGCGCCAGGAGGUUAGCCGGCUAGGCCGAGAGGGACAGCAAGGCGUCUUUAUCACAUCCUGUAAUAUCGCUGCGAUCUUUCAGUAUGGCGAUAAAGAUGGAGCCUUUGCUACAGAGUUCACUUACGAUGGAAACACCACAGCAGAUGCUUAUGCUAUCUCGAGGCAGUGGGCGGCUACUACGGCGCCCAAUGGCCCAAAUAACCACCCACACAUCGACUUCUCAUCCCAAUUUGCAUUCCGCGCGAGCUCUCUCGCUUUUCACACCUUGAUAAUAAUCCUUGGCCAAGCCGGCGACCCGAACAUGCUUCCAACCGUGCAUGCCUCCAUGGCGUUCGUGUGGUGCCUCACACUCCACCCAGCAGCUAUCCAACGACUCGAGCCGCUAGUUCCAUGGUCGAUACUCGCAAACUACCUAAACACUUUACUCCGGCCCGACACUAAUAUUGCAACGAUUGAAGAUGAAUCGUUCCCCCGAAUCGACGACACAACCUCCCAACAGCUACCGGAGGACUUUUUGAUUAGAGGACAAACUUGGAGCCGGCUUUAUUACCCUGCGAAAUUCUUCGAUGAGACGGCUGUAGAGGAUGACAGAUCAUUGAUUGAGGAGCCAUCAACAAUGCUCCCUAGGAGACACAGAUGCUUGUGGCUUGGAGUGCGGAUUGCAACUUUCUCUCGCUGGAUGACAUACGACCAGACUCGACGGUUCACGUCUACCAGACUCGCACACGAAUUUGCACCAAUUUCUCAAUCUACUGAUCACCUCGGUUGAAAUAUUUAGCAUCUUGUCCCUCGCUCGUCGAUCAGGAGAUGAAGGGAGUUUGAAAUG